AUGAGCGCCGCAUCGAACCCUAUCGUCCUUUCUUCCUCACCCGAGCACUGUGCCCCUCGCGCUGCAGCUCCGACAACGCACGAUUUCAACGAGGCAGCGGCUGUCCCUUCACGAGGCAGCUCUCCCGAAUCAAUACUGUCGCCUUCGAGUCUGUGUCGGCUGCCGACACGGUCCAGAUAUUUUCAGAAGGAAAGCUUAAGUGAUGAGCCUCGGACGGAAAACGGACCUCCAAGGGGGCCACCGUCGAAGACUUCUGAAAGGAGAGAGAAGCGCGAAAAGAAGGUGGAAAGGUCCAUUAGCGAACCGGCAGCAGGUCUAGACGGCGUCCGACCUCCGUUGUUGCCACAGAAAGCGAACGCGCCAAAAAGGGCGUCAGGGUCGAACAAAAAGCGCGGGAAAUGCAGCAAGUCAGAAACGUCGACGAAUAAAACCUUGACGGGGAGGGUCGCAAAGUCCGGCAGCAUGGGGUCUCAGGAGUCCGAUAAGACGGCAACUGACGCGUCACAAUGCGGAUCUUUGCGGCAGAAGUCACCCAAGCCUAGUGAUGACGGAGGGAAUAAUGAUCUUCAGCUGGAAGCGGCUUUGAAGAGACGUCUGGACUGGACACCGACGAAAGAUACCUCAAUCGAACUUGUCGAUGCAAGCCAGGAGGGGGCCAAAGAAGGAAGCUCAAAAGGCUUUGGGGAUCUUUUGGCGGGAUACAGCUUCAAUAACAAUCUCCUCUUCUCGAAGUGUACAUCAAAUGAUACCACCGCCGAGGAAUCCACGGAAGACAGCCAAAAUGGCGACAGAGCAUCAGAGGCUAAGCGACGUACCAAGCAGCGAACCAAAAAAUUCACAACCCUUACCGCUCGCGUGACGGCUCGAUAUCAGAGCGACGACAUGCAUUCGCGACUUCAAACCGAAAAUCCCGAUGGAUUCAUGGAGAGUGCGAAUGGAAAUAUGCCAAAACUGAAGAGAAAAGGCACCUCCAGGUCCAAACGUCAACAACCAGAGGUCGUUAUACUUUCGCCCGAGGAAGCGGUCAAAUCGCUUAAUGAACAGGACCUCAUAUUUGGCACUUGCAGCCAGCUCGAGCGAGAAGAUUCUCCUACUAUGAUAAGAGACCUGCAAGCGGCUAUCCAUGAGUCAGAGCAGAAUAUGGCUAGUCAGCCAACAAAUUCUCUGUUACAACGUGCUGGGGGAGGGUCAAUGUCUACCAGCACAGUGUCACGGUUUAGAGCCCCAAAAAGCCUCUGGUCUGUUGCAGCGAGAGACCUAGACGGUUCGUUGAUAGAUGCAGAGGUUGUAGACCUGACAGAAUCGCCUUCCUUCAAGCCUUCAAUGGCAAACAAGCAAGUUACGGCGGGCUCUAUUCCCGAAAACCCACCAUAUGAAGAGAAAAUACGGGAGUCAGAUUCAAUUUCCCAACCCUCAAAACGGAUACAUAAUCAGGAUGAAGCACCGAAGCCCGAAGCGUCGGAACAUACGCAUCUUUCCAUGCCAAACUACAAUGAUUUUACGGAUGCUGUAUUAUCUGAGAGAGUGACAGAAUUCGGGUUCAAACCUCUCAAGAAUCGCCGGAAAAUGGUUGAACUACUUGAGAAGUGCUGGGAAACCAAAUAUGGACCGAGCCUAUAUAUCAACGACACGUCCGAUCAGCAGGCUGGACCUGCUUCCUCAACCUCUCGAGUUGCCUCCGCUAGACUGCAGGUGCCUGAGGGACAGCCUAGCAAAACCAAAGAAUCUCGAGAAGCGACAAAACCGAAGACGGCGGCUGGGUCUAAGAGGACAACAAAGUCCGAUGCCAAUCCAUGUACUGCAGCCGGACCUACCAGAGAGCGCACUAAAAUCACUGCCUCCGGAACCAGGUUGAACAAGCCUUCGUCAAUAACUUCCUACAGGGAUGUGGAAGAGAUUGAGGAUUCAGAAGAGGAGAUAAUCCCUUCUCCAAACCGACUGCAAAACAACUUCCGUAUUAGUCGCUCUUCCAAAAGAACUGCAUCUUUGUCAGUAACGGAUACUUCAUCGAGUCCUUCUCGGAUGCCCUUAUCCGCAGGCCUCAGUGGUGUCGAUAAGCGGAACCCCAGCGAUAUCUCGGACCAGAUUACGAGAGCUGUGCGGGCACAGUCAUCAACACGUCCUGGAACCCGGAAUUGCCCAACUUGGCAUGAGAAGAUAUUAAUGACUUGUCAGAGAGGACAGAGAAGUGAAUGUCGGAUCUGUGCGACAGUGGUGUGA